CACGUUACUAACUGUCGUACUUUGCCUAACUGCAGUCCGACCAGUCACACGGCAGCUACCGGAAUAAAAUUUGAAAACGCUGCUGAAGACAAAAUAAUGGCAGACGACGAAAAGUUACCGGGUGGAUGGGAGAAAAGAAUGAGCCGCAAUUCAGGUAAAGUGUACUACUUUAACCACAUCACCAAUGCCAGCCAGUGGGAACGUCCGGUGGGAGAUGGCCGUGGAGAGCCGGAUAAGGUACGCUGCUCUCACCUCCUGGUGAAGCAUAAUCAGUCACGUCGUCCUUCUUCUUGGCGGGAACAAAAUAUAACCCGAACUAAAGACGAGGCUCUGGAUCUCAUUCAGAAGUACAUAGAAGAGAUCAAAUCUGGAGAGGAGAUGUUUGAGUCCCUGGCUUCUCAGUUCAGCGACUGCAGCUCAGCUAAGAACGGCGGAGACCUGGGAUUAUUUGGCAAAGGUCAAAUGCAGAAGCCUUUUGAAGAUGCCUCCUUUGCUCUAAAAGUUGGAGACAUGAGCGGUCCUGUUUUUACUGACUCUGGAGUCCACAUCAUCCUACGCACUGGUUGAAAGGAAGAAGCCAAAUACUGUACUUCCUCUUAUAUCUUCACACACACACAGUCUGACCCAUCCAGACCUAAUUUAAUUUAAUGACACACACCACCCAAUAAACAAAGUGUACGGUCUGAAUCGCAUUA